UGUUCAGGCAAUAUGAAGGCACUACUGAAUUGUGUUGUAGAGGAAAUUUCAGGUCUUGCAGUCUCUCUUUCCGCCGUACCCGCCAUCUUGCGAGCAACCGGGGUAAUCAGGCAUCAUGACGAACACCAGAGGCAAGAGGAGGGGGACGAGGUACAUGUUCAGCCGGUCUUUCCGCAAACAUGGCCCAAUUCCACUGUCCACAUACAUGCGCAUCUACAGGAAGGGAGAUAUCGUGGACAUAAAGGGUACAGGAACCAUCCAGAAGGGAAUGCCACAUAAGUGUUACCACGGCAAGACGGGCAGAGUCUACAACGUUACCCAACAUGCAGUUGGCAUUAUUGUCAACAAGCAGGUCAAGGGUAAGAUCCUGGCCAAGAGGAUCAACGUGCGCAUUGAGCAUGUGAAGCACUCUAAGAGCCGGGACAGCUUCCUGCAGCGCGUCAAGGAGAACGAGAAGAAGAAGGUGGAGGCCAAGCAGAAGGGCACCUGGGUGGAGCUCAAACGCCAGCCCACUGCUCCCCGAGAUGCCCGCUUUAUCAGCACCAAGGGCAAUGAACCUCAGCUGCUGGAGCCCAUCCCCUAUGAGUUCAUGGCAUAACUGUGCUGACCAAAAUAAACUGUUUAUACAACUGUU